UUUCUUGCAUCGCCACAACAAAUUGCUUUAAAAGCAACCCAUACGGUUCCCCUCCGUCAUUCAUCGUACACGAUCGAGCUUUGGAUCGUACCCUUUUUCCUCUGUAUACCCUCACUGCCAGUCAGAAGCCAAUAGACUUUAUUCGAAGUCCUCUAAAUCCUGCCAUAAAUUAUCUCACCUCCGACGCUUCACUUGAGGUGUGACGACCGUUGUGAUUCAUACUUGGUGACCGACCUACGUCAUUGAAACAUUUUCUUAAAAAUUGCGUUGAUUCAAGAAUGGACGCGGCUCAGUUAGUUCAGGUGGAAGCCUUGUGCGAAACGCUCUACACGGGUGUGGCUGCAAAUUUUGAUUCCGAAACGGUCACUCGUAGCGAGGCACAGCAACGGUUGCUGAGUCUACAGUCGAAUGCUGAGUACAUUCCGCAAUGUCAAUACAUUCUGGAUAAUUCCAAAUCACAGUAUGCCCGUCUGGUAGCAUCGAACAGCCUCAUUGAACUUGUAACGAUACAUUGGAAUUCCUUCACCGUCCCACAACGUAUAGAUAUCCGGAACUAUGUCUUAGGCUAUCUGGCCAACAACGGACCUUCUCUGCAAGACUUCCUGGUAUUGUCGCUGAUAAAACUGGUUUGCCGCAUCACCAAAUUGGGAUGGUUCGACGACUCGGCGCAUAGGGAACUAGCCGACGAUGUGACCAAGUUUCUUCAAGCAACUGUAGAUCACUGCAUUCUUGGCCUCAAAAUUCUCAAUCAACUUGUCGACGAGCUGAAUAUUCCCACCAGUGGUCGAACCUUGACGCAACACCGCAAAACGUCCGUCUCUUUCCGGGAUGUCUGCUUGCUCAAGGUCUUUCAAUUGGGAUUGACCACACUGAAGCAGUUACAAACUGGUGCAAUAACAAUAUUAGGCGAACAGGCGCUAUCGCUGACGGUACGGUGUCUCAACUUUGACUUCAUUGGAACAAACCCGGACGAAUCGACCGAAGACGUAGGCACAAUUCAAGCACCUACCUCGUGGCGACCACUUCUAUCCGACCCGGCUACCACAGAAUUGUUGUUUGAAUUCUACGCUAACACGGAGCCCCCUCAAUCAUCUAAAGCUAUGGAGGCAUUGAUACUUUUGUCCUCAGUGCGUCGAUCUCUCUUUCCAACAGACAAGGACCGGGCCGUUUUUUUGGGCCGCCUCAUCACUGGCAUUCGCGAAAUGAUGUCCAAUCGUACCGGUCUACAACAUCAAGACAACUACCAUCAAUUCUGUCGUCUUCUCGGGCGCUUGAAAGCGAACUACCAACUCAGUGAGCUUGUCAAGGCGGAUGGCUACCUCGAGUGGUUGGAGUUGGCUGCGACAUUUACUGUGCAAUCGGUACAAAACUGGCAGUACAGCACCAAUUCGAUUCACUAUCUAUUGGCAUUGUGGGCACGUUUAGUCUCAGCAGUACCCUAUAUUCGUCCUGAAACGGGGGCGCGUGGACACGUCGCUCACUUGGAAAAGCAGGUCCUUCUAGUUGCCGAAACUUACAUUGAUAGUAUGUUAGGUUCGUCGGAAACAGUUAUACGCAGCGACGGUGCGCUUGAAGAUCCGUUGGACGAUGAUGGGUCUUUGAAAGAACAGUUGGAUCGGCUCCCAAUCAUUUGCCGCUUUCAAUACGGUACAGUUGCCAACUUGAUUCUUAACAAGUUCGACCCGUUGCUGAACUCAUAUCAAGACAUUGUGGCUAAGCUAGGGUCAAGCGCGACCAACUCAGCCCCGCCUGAUGUGAUGCUGCGCGUCGAGAUCAUUGAAGGGCAGCUCACGUGGUUGGUUUACAUCGUAGGGGCGAUCGUUGGUGGCCAUUCGUGGUCGUCUACCCACAUGGCAGAUGGUGAAGAGACUAUCGAUGCCAGUCUCAGUAGGCGCGUGUUGCAGUUGGCGCAAGGAAUGGAAUAUAGACUGACAUCGUCAAACGGGGUUGGACGUGCCAAUGCUCGCUUAGAGCAUGCCCUUCUAUGCUACUUUCAGAAUUUUCGUCGCCUGGACUCAGGCGGGACUUCGACGAAGCAGAAAAUCUAUCUGCGUAUGUUUGAGCACUUGGGCAUGGGUGAUCAUACAGCGGUUGCCAACCUGAUUGUCACCAAGAUUGGUAAUAACUUAAAAUUCUGGCCCGAAGACCAAGAUCUCAUUGGAAAGACCUUGGACUUGCUACACGACAUGGCUCAAGGGUAUAGUAGUUCAAAACUAUUGCUCACCCUGGAGACAGUCCGAUUCCUAGCUCACCAUCACACCGAAGAGCACUUCCCCUUCUUGUCGAUGCCUGGGAAUUCUCGCCAGCGGACGACUUUCCACGCAACUUUGACACGACUACUACUGUCGCCUUCUGGAGAAGAAAAGUUGGGUUUGACGUUCGAACAAUUUCUAGAACCUAUUGUGGUGAAGCUGACACGCUUGGAAGGGCUUUCACCAUCCGAUCUGCGACAAGAGCAGUGUAGGCAACCUUUAAUAGGAGUCUUUCGAGACCUUCGUGGCAUUGGUGCAAGUCUCCACAAUCGCAAAACUUACAGUGCGCUUUUUGACAUUAUGCACCCGCAUCAUUUGCCAUUGUUGUCCAAAGUUGCUGACGUGUGGUUUGACCAGUCGGAUGUCACGGUCAGCUUACUUCGCUUUCUGCAAGAGUUUUGUCAUAACAAGGCCAAUCGUGUCAACUUUGAUCAAAGCAGUCCAAACGGUAUUCUCCUUUUUCGCACCGUCAGCGAUGUGGUGUGCGCGUACGGAAGUCGCAUCUUGUCCUUACCGCCUCCAGUGGCGAACGAUCCAGAAGUUUACAAAAAGCGCUUUAAGGGCCUUGCUUUAGCACUGAACGUGCUUAAUUCCGCUCUCGGCGGCAACUACGUUUGUUUCGGCGUUUUUGAAUUAUAUAACGACCGGGCUCUUGAGAAUUCGUUGGAUGUAGCGUUGCGCUUAUGCUUGACGAUUCCACUUGAAGAAAUCAAUGCCUAUCCGAAGGUAAGCAAGGCGUACUAUGGGUUCAUCGAAAUUCUGUUUCGAAACCACCGAAGAACUGCUUUUGCCAUGGAUACGAAUAUAUUUAUGCAGAUCAUGGCUUCGGUGCAUGAUGGAUUGCAAUCGACUGACGCCACAAUCAGUGCCUGCUGUGCAAACACCAUCGACCAUAUGGCAUCAUUCUACUUCACGAACCAAGGAAAGGACAAGCUAGAAAUGCGAAACCUUAGCAAGGUAUAUUUUUCUUCGAUUUUUUUACAGCACUUGGCAGCCCAGCCCAAUCUGUUUUCCAGUCUAACGAUGACACUGUUUAACCUGUUGCUUUACGGUCCACCCCAACAUCAUUGGGCAGUGAUGCGUCCGAUGCUCAGUUUGAUGCUUGCCAGUGAAUCAGGCUUUGCUGCAUACAAAGAUCAUCUUCUCAGUACCCAAGCUCCUGAAAACCAGGCAAAAUUGAACGAAGCUCUGAACAAACUCCUAGCAGAUGUCAGUCGAAGUCUUGAUAAUGCCAACCGUGAUCGAUUUACUCAAAAGCUGACUGCUUUUCGAGUUGCAGCCAGGAGUUUUUUGACGCUGUAG